UCCCACAAUCCUCAGCUUUCACGAUUUCAACGGUGGGCUCGCUUUUCUACCCAUUGUCACGCCCGUGAAUCGCUAAACCACCGCCAGUCUUCGGAUUUUUCCCAUCCUGCUAAGAUUCUCUUCAUUCCCGCCCCAAACCCACUUCCAAAUCCAAAACCCCAUCAUCUUCCUUAUAAAUCCCCACCAUUGCCCACAACAAUGCACCAUCGCAAAUCAUUGAAGCCCCUUUCUCCUCUCCUCCUCCUCUCCAUGACUAUCCUCACUUUCUUCCUCCUCUUCCUCCUCGAUCUCCCACUCUCCUACACCAUCAAGUCACCACCUUCGGCCAUCAACCAAGCCUGCCGCGCUGCCCGCUUCCCUUCCUCCUGCAUCUCUGUAUUGUCCUCCUCCCCCUCCCUCCCUUCAUCGCCAUCUGCUACCGAUAUCAUCACCGCUUCUCUUUCCGCAGCUGCCGCCGCUCUCCCCACUGCCCAAUCCAACGCGCAAUCUAUCCUCUCCUCCGCCGCCUCGAACCCUAACCGUGCCACGGCAGCAAACAACUGCCUCCAACACCUCUCCCUCUCAGCCCGCCGCCUCUCUGACUCUGCAUCGGUCGCCGACCACGCAGAUUCCCGCGCCUUUGCAGGCGCCGCCCUUUUGUACCAAUACGAUUGCUGGUCCGCUCUCAAGUACGUCAACAAUACCAGCCAGAUCGCCAAAGCAAUGUCCUUCCUUGAUUCUCUCUACGCCCUUACUUCCAAUGCACUUGCCAUGAUCACUGCCCUACAACGCUUCGGCCCUGAUGUAUCCCUCUGGGCACCACCCCAGACGGAGCGCGAUGGCUACUGGGGACAAUUCCUCGCCGCCCCCCCCGCCGCGAUCGGCGGGCGACUCGAUCUUCCGGCGCCGGACCUCACAGUGUGUGUAACCGGCGAAUGCGAUCACCGGUCCGUGCAAGAGGCUGUUACGCAUGCACCGGACCAUGGAACUCGGCGCUUUGUAAUAUACAUUAAGGAAGGAGUCUACCGGGAGACAGUUCAGGUUCCGAUCGAGAAAACAAACAUUGCUUUAGUUGGUGAUGGGAUGGGGAAAACGAUCAUCACAAGCAACCUCAACGCCCAAACGAUCGGCGUUUCUACCUACAACACGGCCACCGUCGGUGUUAUCGGUGACGGGUUUGUUGCUAAAAAUCUAACCUUUGAGAAUACCGCCGGACCAAAAGCUCAUCAAGCUGUCGCCUUUCGGUCCGACAGCGAUCACUCAGUUAUUGAGUCGGUGGAAUUUUCUGGCCAUCAGGACACGCUAUAUGCUCGCUCGCUUCGUCAGAUUUAUCGGCAUUGCCGGAUUUUGGGCACCAUUGAUUUCAUUUUUGGCAACUCGGCGGCCAUUUUUGAGAGCUGCGAGAUACUGGUGGUGCCACGGCUUGACUCGCCGGGGAAGGGGGAGACUAAUGCAGUGACGGCGCAUGGCAGGACUGAUCCGGGGCAGCCAACAGGGUUCGUGUUUAAGGACUGUGUUGUGAAUGGGAGUGAUGAUUAUGUUUCACUUUAUCACCAGAAGCCAGGGGCUCAUAGAGUGUAUCUUGGUAGGCCAUGGAAGGAGUAUUCGAGGACUGUGUUUUUGAACUGCUACAUGGAGGAGAUGGUGAUGCCGGAGGGGUGGUUGCCAUGGAAGGGGGAGUUUGCUUUAGCGACUUUGUUUUAUGGAGAGUAUGAGAGUAAAGGGCCUGGAGCGAAUCCUAAUGCAAGGGUGAGUUGGAGCAGCCAAGUUAAGGCUGAGCAUGUGGGAAUUUACUCGGCUGAAAAUUUCAUUCAGGGG